UCCGUUGUAUACAUAUAAAUUUAAAUCUACGAUUUAACACGUGUUGUCCUUUUAAAACUUAAAAUUUCCAUAUUUAUUCGCAAUGGAGGAAAUGAAAUUAUAUUUAAAAAGCAUCGUUUGUGUAACUUGCCUAAGUAGUGACCGCAAUGUUUUUUAUCUUGAUUCAGAUUUAGAAGCAGCGCUGCUUCCAGAAUUUCAGUUUGAUCUGGCAGAGGACAAAGUAUGCUGGGAAUGCAAAGCUAUAAUUGUCAAAUUUGUGAACUUCCAGCAGAGAGCUUUGCAGGCGCAGACAAUAAUGCAAAAUGUAUUGAGUGGAAAAGUGAAUGUAAUCGAAGGAUUAUCAACUUUGAAAUGGGAAGUUAAGGUAGAUAAUAAAAAAAAGGAUUACAUAGAAGAUGAAUCCAGUAAGAUCGUGAUAAAGGAUGUAAAUAAUACAGAUUCUAAAUCAAAUGUGAAAUCAGAAACUAAGACUGAAUUUAGUGAUUUUGAAGAUGAAGACAAUGAAGAUCUUGCAAAAGUUAUGGUUAAAUUAGAGAAGGAUAAUAAUAACGUGGACACAUAUGAUUUUUAUGAAUAUGCUGAAGAUUCUGAAGGCAAACCUGAAGCACAGAAUACCUCGAUACACAAAGAGAAAUCUGAUAAUAUUCACAAAGCUAAGAAUCAACUAAGAGAUAAUGAUGAAUAUACAAAUGCAGAAUUAAUGCAUGAUUUUCCUGACAAUUUCGAUAUUGACGAUGAAACAACACACAAAUUAAUAGAUACGAUGCUGGAAACAUUUCUAGAAAGUACUACUCGGAAGAAAAACAAGAAUCAAGUUAGUAGGUAUGCCUGCAACAAGUGCGACAAAAAAUUUACGAGUGAAAACCAACUGGCCCAUCAUAAAAAGAUGUCCCACAAAGUAUCCUUUGCAUGCAAAGUUUGUGGAAAAGUGUUCAACAAGAUAAAUACAUUAAAAAUACAUGAACAGGUCCAUACAAAGUCCUCGCAGACGACUUUCAGUUGUAACAUAUGCGGCGAUACGUACUACGACAGCAAGAGCGUACAUUUACAUCUCAGGGAUGCACACGGUUACAAGCCUGAAGACUCUUUGGUUUUUAAAAAGUGCAAUGUAUGCGGGAAAUGCUUCAAAUCAAAGGCGUCCUACCAUGCCCACCAAAAAGAGCAUGCUAGCGGAUAUUCAUAAAUAUCUUUAAAUUUAUGUACAUAGUGCAAAGUAAUCGAUUUUUUUUGUAAAAUUGGAAUGGCAAAAGACGGCCCGCCUGAUGG